UUCAUCAUUUAUCAUAUAGUCUUCCCCAUUAAAAGAGCGAUUCCAUCAAAUGAAGAAAAUUCUUGUGGUUUUGCAGAAUGUUAUUGUUUAGACUGUCCUUUUUUUUUUUGUUCUGUCCAAUACAUGUUUGAUAAUUGAUAAUAUGCCUCAAUGGAAUACCCUCUUGUUUAAGCAAUUUGUUCUUUCUCACCUUCCUAACAUUAAGAUAAAUGGGCAUGUGAACAUUGCUUCUUGGAUGAGAAAAACUGCUUAAAUUACUCCAAUAAUAGCAUUAAGUUCUCAAUACGUUCUAUUUUUUCAAGAAGGAAUAAUUUAAUCAAUUCUGACAUUGAUGUUAUCCAUACGUUUUUGUAUGGAGUAUGUGUGUAAUGUGCAUUAAAAACAAAUCUUAGCCUUAUAAAGUUUCAAUCUGAUAUUUGUUUGUUUAGCAGACUUUGCCAAAUUGCUAAUUUAUAUGUUUUAUGUAUCUGAAUAUUCCUGCUAUGAACUUGUCCAUUUUGAUAUGACUCUUCAUCUGAAUAUAUGAAAUUGUCCAUUUUUUUAUGCAACAUUUUAGUUCCUCUUGCUUUUUUCUCGAGUCUCAACAAAGUGUAAUAGUUCUAACUAGUUAUUAGAUUCGGGUUAUGUCCUGAGUAAGAAAAAUUUUCAUUUAUUAAUAUUGUAUCUUAAAAUGAUAACACUAAAUACCAUUUGGUUGAGUGAUUAAGACUUUAGUAUAUAAUCUCGGUCAUGAGAUCAAAGCCCAUACUAUGCAAUCUCUAAUUUUUUUAUUGUACAUGAAGUAAAACUCACUUAAGAGAGUGCCAUGUGACCCCGUUUUUUGUUUAGUAUCGUCUUUCAAGAGUUUUAUAUUGAUUUUAAUGAACAAGUUGUUUAUGUUUAUAUUACAAAGUUACCUACGUAAUAAGAAUAAAUCCAUUAUGUGAGGGAAGUUUAAUGUGCUUAUUUGCGCAAAACUCGCCAAUGUAUAGCAAACAAUGCUGUCAAAGAAAUAUUAUAUCCAUAAAUGCAUAAUAAACUCAACAAGUUGACUAGUCAUUUUUUUUUUCCUGAGAGAUGGGCAUAUAGUAUAUGGUUAGCUGUUAAUAUUAGCUGUAAAAUCUAGAUAUGCAUACCAUGGAAAAACCUGUUGUUUGGGCUUUAUUAUUAUGUUUUGUUGCAGUUGUCAAUGGAGUUCAGACUACAGACCUCGGUCAGAAUGGAGCGUCUGCAGGUACCACGCAGCCUUACAGGACUGCUUACCACUUCCAGCCUCUCAAGAACUGGAUGAAUGGUGAGUUGAACUCAAACUGAAAGUUUUUUUUGUUAGAAGUGUCUAUAUAUGAUGCUGACUAUUUCUGUCUACUACAUAUAUGUGGAUGUAAUUAAUGGCGGUGUUGUUGAAUCGGGACAAUGGACUCACAGAUCCUAAUGGACCAUUGUAUUAUAAGGGUGUUUACCAUCUGUUCUAUCAGUAUAAUCCUUAUUCUGCAAUAUGGGGGAACAUGACAUGGGGUCAUUCAAUAUCAAAUGAUCUUGUAAACUGGGUUCACCUCGAGCAUGCCCUUAAUCCAAUCGAGCCUUAUGAAUUGGGUGGUUGCUUCAGUGGGUCAAUCACAAUGCUUCCAGGGGGAAGACCUGUCAUAUUCUACACUGGAGCAGAUACUAAUAAUUUCCAGUCACAGAAUUUGGCAUUUCCAAAGGAUCCCUCUGAUCCCCUUCUCAGGGAAUGGGUGAAAUCACCUCAUAAUCCUGUAAUUACUGCAGAAGAUGAUAUUGAGCCUAGUGAUUUCAGAGACCCAACAACAGCUUGGCAAGCUGUUGAUGGCACAUGGCAAGUGCUUAUUGGUGGAAAGAUAGAUGGUCGAGGAAUGGCGUAUCUGUACCAAAGUAAUGAUUUUAUCAAUUGGACUAGAAGUGAGAAGAUUUUUCACUCCUCAGUUAAAACUGGAAUGUGGGAGUGUCCGGAUUUCUAUCCUGUAAGCAUUAAUGGAAAAGAUGGAGUAGACAACUACCUUGAGAAGGGAAAUACCAAAUUUGUUCUCAAGGCAAGCUUUCUUGAUCAUGAUCAUUAUAUACUAGGCUAUUAUAAGGCUGAAACAGAUGGGUUUCAGGUAGAAGCAACUGACUUCAUGGAAGCUAAUACUGAUUGGAGGUAUGACUAUGGAGGUAAAUUUUAUGCUUCAAAGACAUUUUUUGAUGGUGGGAAAAAAAGACGAAUAUUAUGGGCAUGGAUAAUGGAGGCUGACAGUAGAGCAAACGACAUAAAGAAAGGAUGGUCAGGGCUUCAGUCGAUUCCUCGAGCAGUGUGGCUUAGUGCUAGUGGAAAUCAAUUAAUGCAGUGGCCAGUCGAAGAGAUUGAAAGUCUUCGCAAGGAUGAAGUAGAAAUCCAAGACAAGGAGCUCAAGAAAGGGUCAUUGGUUGAGGUAGUUGGCAUCACAGCAGCACAGGCUGAUGUGGAAAUCUCCUUUGAAUUGCCGAAUUUAGAAGAUGCUGAGCAGAUGGAACCUAGUUGGACUGAUCCUCAAUUGCUCUGUGCUCAGAAGAAUGCAGCAGUUGAAGGCAGAUUGGGACCAUUUGGCUUGCUGGUUUUGGCUUUCAGUAACUUAACAGAGGAAACUGCAAUUUUCUUCCGGGUGUUCAAAAAUCAUAGUAGGCAUAUAGUUUUGUUGUGUAAUGAUUUGAGCAGAUCCUCAUUAAGUAGAGAUGUUCGUAAAACUACUUUCGGAGCUUUUCUUGACAUCAAUCCCCUUCAGGAGAGCAUUUCACUUAGAACCUUGAUCGAUCAUUCCAUUGUUGAAAGUUUUGGUGGGGGAGGAAAGGCAUGCAUCACAGCUAGAGUUUACCCAGUUUUAGCAGUUGACAAGGAAGCAAAAUUGUUUGCAUUUAACAAAGGUAGCCAUAAUAUUAAGAUCUCGAAGCUCAAUGCUUGGAGCAUGAAAGAAGCCAAAAUUCUUCCUAUUAUGAAAAGAAGAAAGCCCCCUGUCUAACAUUGAAGAUUUGAAGUCCUGCAGAAGUAGAAAACAAGGCAUUAAAGCAUGAAAGAAGCCAAAAUUCUUCCUAUUUGUCUUGUUCCAAAAUUGAUGGAUUAUAGGCCUCGACUUUCAUACAUAAGAUUCUUUUAUGAUCAUUAGUUGUUUCAGUCAUCUUAGUUUUCUAUUAAAAAUAUUUCUCGUGUCGAGUAGUA